AUGGCUUGGUUUCCUCUAGGUUAUAAGGAAGGGUUCAGUCAGUGGUGGUCUUCUAUACCGGCUGCCGCGGCUGAACAUAAGGUCCUUUCCUACUUACCGUACCUCCAACAUCAACCGCCCACUCAGUUGCAAACCGGGAAGACGACCAAUGGCUCGAGCGGUGAAACCGCAAGUUUACAAUCUGCGGAUCAGAGCCAACUCGGCGAGGUGGCGGCUACUUCUACCGGUGACCCGUACGGCCCUCGGCGAUGGCUUUCCAGCAUGGUGCAGCUCAGUGGCAAGAACCGGGCUCUCAAUGAAUUCUCCGUCGAGAGAGUAGGGGAGGAGGCAGAUCAGCACCUGGUUAUGCUACAUGGAUAUGGAGCAGGCUUGGGAUUCUUUUACAAGAAUUUCGAGCCUUUGAGCCGUCUCCCCGGAUGGCAACUCCACGCACUGGAUCUUCUCGGCAUGGGCCGCAGCACCCGCCCACCCUUUCGCAUCAAAGCUAAAGAGCGCGAGGCUGCAAUUCGAGAGGCUGAAGAUUGGUUUGUGGAUGCACUGGAAGAAUGGCGCGUCAAACGUAAGAUUGAACGCUUCACUCUGCUGGGACACAGUCUAGGCGGCUACAUAGCCGUGAACUACGCCCUCAAAUACCCGGGACGACUGAAUAAGCUCAUUUUAGCUUCACCUGUUGGUAUACCAGAGGAUCCAUACGCUAUGUCUUCGGAUCUUCCCGAGAAACAAGACCAACCCAGCAUCGCCGCCGAGGCCGCAACGGUGCCACUCGGAGAUGCGCCCAAGGGCGACAACAACAUUCUUCUAAAGGGCCCUCCGGCAGAUGCCUCGAGAGACCGGCCUCCCCGUCGCACAGUCCCGAAAUGGUUUGCAUACUUGUGGGAGGCCAACAUUUCACCUUUCACCCUCGUCCGAUGGGCUGGACCACUUGGUCCCCGCCUCGUCUCGGGCUGGACAUCCCGCCGAUUCUCGCACCUCCCUGCCGAUGAAGCCAAAGCCCUCCACGACUACUCAUACUCAAUUUUUAGCCAGCGUGGUAGCGGCGAGUACGCUCUCGCGUAUAUCCUUGCACCAGGCGCGUUCGCACGCAGUCCCCUCAUCCGCCGAAUUCAGGACGUCGGCCGACAGAUGAUUCCCGCCUCCGUACCUUCUUCUCCAUCCUCCUCUUCCUCCACGACAACUUCCACGGAGGUGGCCAAGCCGCGUCGCGAGACCGGUAUCCCUAUCGUCUUCAUGUACGGCGAUCACGACUGGAUGGACUACCGCGGCGGCCAGGCCGCCGCAGCCAAAAUCCGGGAGGAGAAGCGCCGUAUCCUGGAAAAUGCUACGCCCGAAGAACGCGCAGCAGAUAGUGGCUCAGCCAAGGUCGUCAUGAUAAAAAAUUCAGGGCAUCAUGUCUAUCUCGAUGGAUGGGAGCAGUUUAAUGACACUGUUCUUGCGGAGAUGGAAGAUGUCGCGAAGAGAGAGAGGGCAAGGCGGUGAUUAUUCUCAACAUGCUGUAUAUGAUUUGUUUUUUUUAGCGUUGAUUCUGAGCACGGGUUUUGGUAUUGAUAAGGUGUAUAGAUCAGCGAAGCAUCAGCUACUUCAUUAGGAGUAGUUUUGAGGCUUGCCUGUUAAGUUAGGUAGGCGACAGAAGCUCCAGCUUCUAUAGAAGUACAUAGGUAUGAAAACCAAUAGAAAUUAAAAUUUCUUAGCUU